GAACUUGAAGUAGAACAGAACAGAGAUGAAACUUGAAUCAGGAAGCAACAUAAUAUCAAGCUACUGGAUGGAAACACAUUUGUGUCAUGUGAGUAGCCAUGACAGAAACCGCUUUCCUUAAGUUACUUGUGGCAAUUGUGGUCACACUCAUUUUAGUCCUGCCAGAAUUUUUCAAGACACCAAAAGAAAGAACGCAAGAGCUUGCCUGCCGGGAAGUGUGUUUACUACCCAACCUCACAUAUCUUCCCUUCUUCAAUUUCUCUUCUGUGGCUUUUCUGCAAUCGGCAGAGGAAACACAGACCGUUAUGGGACUCUUUCCAAAUUAUUCCAGUUUCCAAAGCUUCAGUGAGAUUUGCCAAGGCAUCACAAGUGGAUUUCCGAUGUGUUCCUUGUGUUUGGUUUGUGAAUCCAAAGGAGACGUGGAUCUCAUUUCUCAGGAGCAAACAUUGAAAGGUCUUAUCACGAGGGGAUCAAUGGAAGUGAAGGCAAAUGACUUUUACUCACCCUGUCAGCGUUUUAACGACACGGUCGCUCUUCUAGUUGACCCUAUGGAGGAAUACAACACUACCUGUACCCCUGAAUCCCACCCUGGAAAAUCUACAACUGUCGAAGAGGAUCCAAGCAGGGAAAACUCUCUAAACCACACUUGCGGGACUAUGGGAAACUCAAGUAACUGUACUCACGUGUCCUUGCACCUAGCAAUGGAUGUGAAAUCUGUCACUUGUUCCGUGAAGAUCACUUGGUACAUUUUAGUGCUAUUAGUUUUUAUGCUCAGCAUCAUCCUCAUUAUCCACAAAAUCCUUGAGGACCACAGGAGAACGCAGAGGUGGCCGAGUCAUAAAUACAAAUCUACAUCCGUUCUCUUAAGAGGAAGUGACUCCAAGGAGCUGAGCGCUUUGAACUCGAGGGUUAUUCCAGAGUCCACUCGAGGGCUGCCGUCAGCACAGGUCAUGGAGCUGCUUCCCCCAAUACCAGAACUUGAAGUCGCCUCUGCAGGGCACCAGCCAGAUCAAUACACAGGCUAUCCUUGAACAAUCUGGACCAAAGACUUUGAAGAGUUUGGGUCCAGCUGAGGAAGUAUUGAUACGUGAAUGGCGAUGAGACGCUGGCUGAUGAGAGUCAACUGGAGAGUGUCUAUCUGACCCCCGAGGUCAAGGGAACAAGAGUGUGUCAAGAGCUGUUGUGAGCCAAGAAAGUCAAGCUGAUGGAGCCCAUGGGAGAGUAAGAGAGUGCUUGCCUCUUCUACCCAUCAUUAUCCUGCUCAGCAUGGACCUGUGGGCUUCAUCUUGAGGAAGCAAGAGUGACCAAGGAUGAAAAUCACCUUGCUGGGUCAUGUUGUAGGUACAGGAUGGUUUUUUCCUACACAGAUGGACAGUUUCUAUUUAGUAAAUUACUUAAGAGGGCCUGUGCAUUUGUCCAAUGUUUAUUUGCAUUUAUAAUCUUGCCUCCUUUUGACAUAAGACUUUUUUAAAAUUCAAGGAUACUGAAAUAAAAAGAACUCAAAUGAAA